AUGAAUAACUUAGCAAGAAGGAGUUCCAGCACGAGUCAUGACGUAGCACAAGAGGUUGACUCUGCAGAUUUCGAGAAAAGAGAGGCGCUCGCCACGGACCUGGAUGAAGAGAAAGUCUUAGGGCUCGACGGUGCUGAAUACUUGGAACUCAAAAACACAAUUGCCCGUCGAACGCACUCAAACAAUGGCACGUUGCCGCACUCAAAAAGCUUGCGCUCACUCCACAGCCACCGCUCAUAUGCUGGAGGAGACGGGUAUACUUGCUUCAGUGACAAUGACGAACGACCGAACAUCCCCGUUGACACUGCUGGUGAUGCAGAUGGGGAGUUCCUAGUGACAUGGGAUGGGGACUGCGACCCAGAAAAUCCUCGAUCUAUGGGAAUGGCUAGACGCUGGGCGAUAGUUCUAAUCGUCUCUGCUAGCUCCCUCUGUGUAACAUGCACCUCAUCGCUUUACACCAGUGUCUAUAGUCAGCUGAUACCUGAAUUCCAUACCUCACGCUUGAUUUGCACACUUGGUUUAUCCCUAUUUGUUGCUGGGCUUGGGACUGGCCCAAUGGUUCUCAGUCCUCUUUCAGAGUUCUACGGACGCAGACCGGUCUAUAUUUAUUCGUAUUCGUUUUUUCUUAUCUGGCUUAUCCCAUGCGCAGUUGCCCGCAACACUACCACUAUGCUUGUGUCACGCUUCCUCGAUGGCCUCGCUGGAAGCGCAUUUUUGAGUGUGGCUGGAGGCACAGUGGGCGAUAUGUUCGCCAAGCACGAGCUCUCCGCACCGAUGAUGGUCUACACGGCGAGUCCUUUCAUUGGACCUGAGAUCGGACCGCUCGUUGGUGGUUUCAUCGUGCAGAAUACAAGCUGGAGAUGGUGUUUCUACGUCCUCUUGAUCUGGUCUGGGGUCCAAUUGGCCCUGAUCGUCCUAUUCGUCCCCGAGACGUAUCAUCCUGUCCUUCUACGCAACAAAGCAAGAUGGCUACGAAAGGAAACGAGCAAUCCAAGGUGGAUAGCGCCAAUUGAGAAGUUAUCGAGAUCGAUUACGAAGACGGUCCUGUGGUCAUGCAUCCGCCCUUUCCAACUCCUCUUCUGGGAGCCAAUGUGUCUCAACCUAUGCAUACUGUCUGCAAUUCUUUUAGGCAUUCUGUACUUAUUUUUUGGUGCGUUCCCUCUAGUGUUCCAGAACAAUCAUGGCUUUACCAUUUCCCAGGUCGGGCUUGCUUUUCUAGGAUUAUUUGUUGGCAUGCUCCUAGGGAUCUCAAGCGACCCGCUAUGGAAGAUGAAUUACAACAGGCUUGUGCAGCAACGGGAGGUGCAAGGGGGGGAACCUGGUGGCACUGAACCGGAGUUUCGGCUCCCACCAACGAUUUUUGGCGCCUUCCUCGUUCCAAUUGCACUGUUUGGUAAGUCUUUACAGGAAUUGACGGCUGGCAUGCUUCUUACCAUAAUCCCUGCAGGAUUUGGAUGGACUACGUACUCCCAUGUGCAUUGGAUAGUUCCAAUAAUCUUCUCGACUAUCUUUGGCAUUGGCAUAAUCUGGACCUAUAGCGGCGUCUUCACGUUUCUCGUUGAUUGUUACCCCCUGUAUGCGGCUUCAGCCUUGGCAGCCAAUUCUUUUGCCAGGAGCUACUUUGCAGCGGCCUUCCCGCUAUUUGGUGUACAGAUGUACAACAAUCUGGGUUACCAGUGGGCAUCAACAUUACUAGCAUUUCUAGCACUAGUCAUGGCCCCGUUUCCAAUUCUCUUCUAUCGAUACGGCAAAAGACUCAGGGGUAACAGUCGUUUUGCGUCAGCGUGA